GCGGGACUUCCAGUAGGAGGCGGCAAGUUUGAAAAGAGACAACGGUUGAUCGUUGAUGUCUGUUGACUUCUGAUCGCCCCUGCAGCAGCUCCUCGGAUCUUCGCCCUCCGGCGGGCGGCUGGCUGGUGCGACUAGGAGACUCCCAAGAUGGAAACUUUGUCUUUCCCCAGAUAUAAUGUAGCUGAGAUUGUGAUUCAUAUUCGCAACAAAAUCUUAACGGGAGCUGAUGGUAAAAACCUCUCCAAGAAUGAUCUUUAUCCCAAUCCAAAGCCCGAAGUCUUGCACAUGAUCUACAUGAGAGCCUUACAGAUAGUAUAUGGAAUUCGGCUGGAGCACUUUUACAUGAUGCCAGUGAACUCGGAAGUCAUGUAUCCACAUAUCAUGGAAGGCUUCUUACCAGUCAGCAAUUUAUUUAUUCAUCUGGACUCAUUUCUGCCCAUCUGUCGGGUGAAUGACUUUGAGAUUGCUGAUAUUCUAUAUCCAAAGGCAAAACGGACAAGUCGGUUUUUAAGCGGCAUUAUCAACUUCAUUCACUUCAGAGAAGCAUGCCGUGAGACAUAUAUGGAAUUUCUUUGGCAAUAUAAAUCUUCUCUGGACAAAAUGCACCAGUUAAAUACUGCGCACCAGGAAGCGUUAAUGAAAUUGGAGAGACUUGAUUCUGUUCCAGUUGAAGAACAAGCAGAGUUCAAGCAGCUUUCGGACGAGAUCCAGGAGCUGCAGCAGUCACUGAAUCAAGAGUUUCGUCAAAAAACGAUUGUGCUCCAGGAUGGAAAUUCCCAAAAGAAGUCCGAUAUUUCAGAGAAAACCAAGCGUUUGAAUGAACUAAAAUUAUCAGUAGUUUCUUUGAAAGAAGUACAAGAGAGUUUGAAAACAAAAAUUGUGGAUUCUCCAGAGAAGCUAAAGAAUUAUAAAGAAAAAAUGAAAGAUACAGUCCAGAAACUUAAAAAUUCCAGGCAAGAAGUGAUGGAAAAGUAUGAAAUCUAUAGAGACUCCGUGGACUGCUUGCCUUCAUGUCAGCUGGAGGUCCAGUUGUAUCAGAAGAAAAUACAGGACCUGGCAGACAACAGGGAAAAAUUAACCAGCAUCUUAAAAGAGAGCCUGAAUUUGGAGGACCAAAUUGAGAGUGAUGAGUCAGAGUUGAAGAAAUUGAAGACCGAAGAAAAUUCCUUCAAAAGACUGAUGAUUGUGAAGAAGGAAAAACUCGCCACAGCACAAUUCAAAAUAAAUAAGAAGCAUGAGGAUGUCAAGCAGUACAAACGCACAGUGAUUGAAGAUUGCAAUAAAGUUCAAGAAAAAAGAGGAGCUGUCUACGAGCGAGUAACCACAAUUAAUCAAGAAAUCCAAAAAACCAGAUUCGGAAUUCAGCAACUGAAAGAUGCCACUGAGAGGGAGAGGCUGAAGUCUCAGGAAAUAUUUCUGAGUUUGAAAGCUGGCUUGGAGAAAUACCAUGAAGGCAUCGAAAAGGCCACGGAGGACCGUGGUGCUCGGCUGGAGCAGAAGACAGCUGAACUGAAGAAAAGGAUGUUCAGAACGUCGGCCUGAUGGACACAGUCACUUGUCUUCCUGUAAACAGCUCACCGCCUUCAGCUUGGGUUUGGAAAGGGAACAGUUAAAGUCAACAGAAGCAUCAGAAGCAACACAUAAUGUUCUAUAUCCUCUCGUAGGUUGUUAUUUUGUAAGAUAAUGCAUUUAACGUAGACGUUUAUUAACUUAUAAUUCAAAUAACUUGUGUAGCGAUUCAUGUCUCUGCCCCUUGUAAGUAGUUGGAAUAAAACCAAAAUCGGUGCAUUUGAAA